CUCAGUUUUCUCUCUUUUCGUUGAUUCCAAAAAACAAAACCCUAAUUUUCACUCAUCUUCCAAUCCUCUUCCGCGAUUCUCUCAGGUUAUGCUCCCGAAGGUGCAUCGAAGGUAAAUUCGAUUUCUGAAAGAAGGUUUUGUUGUUUAAAGUUGAAGGUCUAGGUCUGAUGAGAAUUAAUAGGGGAAUGCAGAGAUCGUUUUGCGAGGACCCGAAGAAAUCGUUCAGCAAAGGCAUUGGCAUCACUGUGCCCAAGGCAAGAACACGCGAUAAACCGUUAGGUCUCUGAUUUGGGAGCUCUGGUUGCUUAAGGAUUUACGAUGACUCGCAUCUUGGUUCAGCGUGGUUCUUCAGGUGGUUCUUCUCCGAACCCAAACCGGUCCGGUUCUUCGUCGGCUCGGCCGGAGUCGCAGGCUACUGGGUCUCCGGUUCCUUCAGUUGCCAAAGAUGAGGAAAGUGGAGAGGAGAUACCUGGACACGUUGUUAGGGAUGAUCUUUUGGAGUAUGUUGGAACUAGCGACUGUGAUAAGGGAAAAAGUGAUGAAUCUUUGAUGGAAAGUCUUCUUGAGCAGAAUGACACCGCCUCGGGUGAUGAAGUAGUGGCUGAUGCUGGGAAAGAUGUUAAAGAGGAGGUUGAGGGUCACCAAGAAUUGGUGAAAGGGUUGAGUGGAGAAAGACCUUCAUCAGAGAAUGAGGGCUCAUGUGGGGAUUCUUCAAUCAAUGCUAGCGGCACUUGCAGUUCACAUCCUCCACCUCCCCCUGUUCCACCCCCAAAGCCUUCUGCAAUUACCUUAAAUUCAAGGGGAAAUGUGUCGGGGGCUUCAAAUGCUGUCUAUGUAGGAUCACCUAGGAGAGCAUCUGCGUGGCCUGUUGUUUCAGCUAGGACUUCACCUGCUGGGUCUCGGCCUUCAUCUCCCAGGGCUCAUAAUGAAAAUGAGGGUUAUAAUAGUGCUGACGAACAGAAUCCAUGCUUGGUGUCCUCGUAUGAUGAUUUAGAAAGAGAGCGGCAGUUUGAAAAUGACAUCAGAAGGGCAAAAGGCUAUGAAGUAAAAGGAAUGAUGGAGGAUGGAAAUUGCCUUUUCCGUGCCAUUGCAGACCAGGUGUAUGGGGACUCUGAAUUGUAUGAUUUGGUCAGACAGAUGUGCAUAGAUUAUAUGGAGAGGGAGAGAGAUCACUUCUCUCAAUAUAUAACGGAAGGUUUCACAUCAUACUGUAAGAGGAAGAGAAGAGAUAAGGUCUAUGGUAACAAUGUUGAGAUCCAAGCCAUGUCUGAAAUGUAUAAUCGCCCAAUUCAUAUAUACUCCUACACUACUGAACCUAUCAAUACAUUUCACGGAAGCUAUAACACUGACAACCCACCGGUAAGACUAAGUUAUCAUCAGGGGAAUCAUUACAACUCCCUUGUUGAUCCGCGGCGCUCAACAAUUGGUGCAGGUCUUGGGUUCAGCUCUCUUAGUGGGACGAAUGUUGACAAAGAUCAAAUCAAGGCUGCUAUUAAAGCUCAGCAAGACCAACAGAUCGAUAAUGCACUUUUGGCUGAGGGACGGUUUUACUCUGAUCUUGAGCUCACAGAAAAGGAAAUUGAACGUGCGGUGAUGGAAGCUUCUCGGGCUGAAUAUCUUGCUGAUGGUACAUUUAAGCAACAACUUGGCUAUAGAGAGUCGUCUACAUCAAAUGCUGAGCCAUCUUCUUCUGGAGCAAGAUCAUCCGGCAGUGAGCCCAAGAUGGUACCCGGAAAAGAGAAUGAUUCUCAUCUUAGCAGCAGUAUGCGCAUGUUACUAUCAAUGGGAUUUAGUUACCUACAAGCGGUUGAGGCUUACAGCAUAUUUGGGGAUGACGUCGAUUCUAUGGUUUGUUACCUGUUGGAAACUGGCACUAGUAGCAGCCGAAAAGGAAAGGCCACUAAAUGACAAGAGAUAGUUAAAUGAAAAAAAAUCCUACAACUUUAGCUUUCAAUUGUCGUCCAAAUCAAAUAAACAAAUAUCUUGUAUCAAUGUCUGUACUCCUUACUUUAGAGGUAGUACAAAGAAAAUUGGACUUUAUUUUGCUGGUGUAAUCCGAUGUUUGCUGUUGAUCACUCGUGGGCAUUUGGAUAAGAUCCCUUAAUCAGACUGCUAUGAAAAUCAGGACUAAAUCAGAACAUUUUUCAAAGGCAAAAUC